GGCUGCCAGGGGCUCAGCUCACAUGGAUGGGACAGAGACCCGACAGCGGAGGCCAGAGGAGCUAGGGUUGCCAUACACCCUCAGCACAGAAAGACUCCCUAGAGCCUCAGAAGAUGGAUCUCUGGGUGUCCCUGAGAGCCAAAGAGUGUCCCCUAAACCACUGGGGCCUGAGCUCAGCAGGGAGACCGCCUUGUCCAUUGGCCUUCAGGUGAUAGUGCCCUUCACGUUUGCAGGCCUGGGACUGUCUGGGGCUGGCAUACUUUUGAACUAUUUCCAGUUCCUGAUGUCUAAACGUGACUUCUCAAAUCUACUUGACCAUGCUUGUGUCCCAGCCCACACUCAAGCCACCACUUGCAAGGAGGAUGGGACCCCCACAUCAAGUUUCACCAUCCAGCCUUCACGCCCUUCAGGCUGCUUGUUGAUGGAGAGUGAGGUGGCUGUGGCAAAGCACUGGCCCGUGUUUGUGGAGGUUAAAGACCUGUUGACUUUGGUGCCACCCCUAGUGGGCCUGAAGGGGAACCUGGAGAUGACACUGGCUUCACGACUCUCCACAGCUGCCAAUACUGGACAAAUUGAUGAUCCCCGGGAGCAGCACAGAGUUAUCAGCAGUAACCUCGCCCUCAUUCAGGUGACUCUUCCCUUUGUAAAAUUGAUGGGUUCCCUUUUGAAUCUGCAGCCAGACCCACUCCAGAGGGUCUGGCAAGGAGCAGGAAUGCUGAUGGUCUGUAUAGUGAUUGGUGCUCGAAAGCUCGGGGUCAACCCAGACAACAUCGCCACACCCAUUGCAGCCAGCCUGGGAGACCUUAUCACGUUGUCCAUUCUGGCUUUCUUUAGUAGCUUCUUCUAUAAACACAAAGACAGUCGGUAUCUGACUCCGCUGGUGUGCAUCAGCUUCAUGGCCCUGACUCCAGUGUGGGUCCUCAUUGCCAAGCAGAACCCAUCCAUCAUGAAGAUCCUAAAGUUCGGGUGGUUCCCAAUCAUCCUGGCAAUGAUCAUCAGCAGUUUCGGAGGGCUCAUCUUGAACAAAACCAUUUCCAAAGAGCAGUACAAAGGCAUGGCCAUAUUUACUCCCAUCAUAUGUGGUGUUGGUGGCAAUCUGGUGGCCAUUCAGACCAGCCGGAUCUCCACCUACCUACACAUGUGGAGCACACCUGGGGUGCUACCCCUCUGGAUGAAAAAAUUCUGGCCUAACCCAUGCUCCACUUUCUGCACCUCAG